AUGCCCUGGAGCCCCUGGGCACUGCUGCUGCUGCGGCUACUGGCAGUGCUGUGGCCACCGGGGCUGGGUGAGGCGUGCAGCUGUGCCCCUGCCCACCCCCAGCAGCACGUCUGCCACUCUGCACUUGUGAUUCGGGCCAAAAUCUCCAGUGAGAAGGUAGUUCCUGCCAGUGCAAACCCUGCUGACAGUGAAAAGAUGGUGCGGUAUGAAAUCAAACAGAUAAAGAUGUUUAAAGGGUUUGAGAAAGUCAAGGAUGUUCAAUAUAUCUAUACACCAUUUGACUCCUCACUCUGUGGAGUGAAACUAGAAGCCAACAGCCAAAAGCAGUACCUGCUGACUGGCCAGGUCCGUGGUGAUGGAAAAGUCUUCAUCCAUCUGUGCAAUUACAUUGAGCCCUGGGAGGACCUGUCCUUGGUGCAGAGGGAAAGUCUGAAUCAUCACUAUCUUCUGAACUGUGGCUGCCAAAUCACCACGUGCUAUUCAGUGCCCUGUACCAUCCCGGCCUCCAAUGACUGCCUCUGGACAGACUGGCUGUUGGAACGGAAGCUCUAUGGGUACCAGGCCCAGCAUUACAUCUGCAUGAAACAUGUUGAUGGCACCUGCAGUUGGUACCCGGGCCACCUGCAUCUCAGGAAGGAGCUUGUUGACAUCAUCCAGCCCUAG